AUGCCAGGGGCUAACCUCAAGUGCUACAUAUUCCAGAUGGGGAAACUGAGCCUGCAGGAGGUGAAGGUCCUGGCUGAGCUAGGGACCAAGUCUUGGCCCAGCCCAUUCAACCACAGAGCCGAUAACCCUGCCUCUGCUGUCUGGCAGACGCCGGGAUUGCGCCGCCUGCCGGAACCUGCCCAGUCCUUCCCGGGUGUGCGGGGAGCGCAGUCCCGGCGCGUAGGGGCCGCUCGGCGGGGGCCGCACGGGCAAGAUGAUGUCCUCGCCGCGGUGAAGGAAGGCCAGGGGGCUAGUCCUCCGAAAGGAAAAGGCCAGGAGGCUGGACUGAGCGCCCGGUGCUCCCAGGUGUGUGCUCGGGCGGCCCUCGGUCCCGGCGCGCUCUGGGCCGCGGCCUGGGGAGUCCUGCUGCUCACGGCCACCGCGGGGGCGCAGCGCGGCCGGAAGAAGGUCGUGCACGUGCUCGAGGGCGAGUCAGGCUCGGUGGUGGUGCAGACGGCGCCAGGGCAGGUGGUCAGCCACCGAGGCGGAACUAUCGUCUUGCCCUGCCGUUACCACUACGAGGCAGCUGCCCAGGGUCACGACGGCGUCCGCCUCAAGUGGACCAAGGUGGUGGACCCGCUGGCCUUUGCUGAUGUCUUCGUGGCACUGGGCCCCCAACACCGGGCGUUUGGCAGCUACCGCGGGCGGGCCGAGCUGCAGGGGGAUGGGCCCGGGGACGCCUCUCUGGUUCUCCGAAACGUCACACUGCAGGAUUACGGGCGCUAUGAGUGUGAGGUCACCAAUGAGUUGGAGGAUGACACUGGCAUGGUCAAGCUGGACCUGGAAGGUGUGGUCUUCCCUUACCACCCCCGUGGAGGCCGCUACAAGCUGACCUUCAUGGAGGCGCAGCGCGCAUGCGCUGAGCAGGACGGCAUCCUGGCGUCGGCCGAGCAGCUGCACGCGGCCUGGCGCGACGGCCUUGACUGGUGUAACGCGGGCUGGCUGCGCGACGGCUCCGUGCAGUACCCGGUGAGCCAGCCCCGGGAGCCCUGCGGCGGCCUGGGCGGGGCCGGGAGCACCGGGGUCGGCAGUGGUGCCUCCGGGGGCGUGCGCAACUACGGCUACCGCCAUAAUGCUGAGGAACGCUACGACGCCUUCUGCUUCACAUCCAACCUCCCGGGGCGCGUGUUCUUCCUGAAGCCGCUGCGGCCAGUGCCCUUCUCAGGAGCAGCGCGCGCGUGCGCGGCGCGCGGCGCGGUCGUGGCCAAGGUGGGGCAGCUGUUCGCCGCGUGGAAGCUGCAGCUGCUGGACCGCUGCACCGCGGGCUGGCUGGCCGACGGGAGCGCGCGCUACCCCAUCGUGAAUCCGCGCGCGCGCUGCGGCGGCCGCCGGGCCGGCGUGCGCAGCCUCGGCUUCCCGGACGCCACGCGCCGCCUCUUCGGCGUCUACUGCUACCGGGCGCCUGGCGCGCCGGACCCCGCACCCGGGGGCUGGGGCUGGGGCUGGGCCGGAGGCGGUGGCUGGGCCGGAGGCGCGCGCGACCCCGACGCCUGGACCCCGCUGCGCGUCUAGACCCGGGCGCGGAUGGCUGAGGUGCGGACAGCUGGGGCCCUCGGCAGCUGGCUGAGUGCUUUGCGGUCCCUUGGAGGCGGACCACGCCCCUGAAGACUGGCCACGCGCCCUGCGGUGCCUCCUGCGGGCCUUGAACACUGGCCACACCCCCUGAGAUCCCCAGAGCCUGGUCAGUCCCUGGAGACAUGUCCC